AUGAUCUCUGCGGUCUGUUCCUCAUCGGCACCCACCACGAGCACCUCGGCUUCGUGGGCACGGAUCUUCAUUGAUAACUUCAUCUCUCCUUCUUCACUUAACCGGCUCGCUAUCAUCUCCUGCGAGCCGCCACCGCCGCCGCCGCCAGCUCACGAGCCCGUCCAGUUGCCUGCUCGCACGAAUCUUGGACGCCUUCUCUCACCGCCCUCCUCUGCCUUUCGCCUCUUCGCUUUCGCUCCCGCCGCCCGCCGCCUGUGGCGCGGCAUCCGACGAGCCCUCCUCGUCUACACGACGACUUCGCCCGAGCCCGUCAUAUCCGAUGCCUUCGCCGCGGACACCGACGACGCCUCCAGCGACCCCGUUUGCGGCUCCGUCUUCGACGCCCUCGACACCACCCUCAUCGGUCCCGAGGAGCGCCACAAGCUCCCUGUGCGCCCGUCCGACCAUGCCGACUACGGCCUGUGGCACGCCCGCCUCGGCCACUUUGGCAGGAACAAGAUCAUCGGGCCACUGCGCUACAGAGGUUACACUUUCCGCCCCGGCAGCGACCGCUGUGAGUGCGCUGCAAGUCGCCUCAAUCGCCGCCGCAAAGGCCACCCGAGUCAGCCGACCAAUCGCCGAGUCUACACCCACUUUGGCGAGCGAGUCGCGUCCGAUCUCUGCGGCCCCUUCAAGAUCCGCGGCGCCGUCGAACAAGAACGCCCUCAAGUCCCCGAGGCGAUCGUCCGCGCCGAGCCUCCCGCCGCACCAGCGGCGCCAAGGGGCGCGCCCAUCGCCCCGCCCGCCGCGCGAGCUGCGCCCGCUCAUCCCGCCGUCCCGCGGCGCUCAGCUCGGAUCGCCGCGCGCGGCUGA